CCGUGCGCGAAAAAUUCUCAAUCACAAUCUUGCCACAGCAACGACACGAUAAACUGGAUCUGUGUGAGGAGCUAGUAUGUAGCGAAAAAUUUUCUACGGGGUUGCAUUUCUACUUCAAAGUUCAACUUGGAUUUCCGUUCCUGCGCCUGGCCUUCAAGUUUUCCCUGACCUCCUUCGUCCGUCUUUUCAUCACAGCGACUGUGAACAAAACAUGAGCAAAUCUACAACGUAAAAACAAAAAGAAAGAGAAACGGUCACCACCAGGAGCACGUGGUGGUGGAGGUUUAUUAAUUUCAUACUCGGCUUGUUCCUGGCUACCAUUCAUAUCAAGUAGUGUCACUUCUACGUAGAAGACCAUAUUAGGUGGACAAGACAAGAACAAGCGUCGUGGUCAAUAGCCAUCCGCAUCCCUUCUCUUUAGCUUUACCCCUCAUCUUCAGCAAAAGUAGACCCCCUACAUACAACUUCAACUUCCAAAAGAAAAAGAUGGCGAAGGUAAACAAGGAGUCGGGUAACACCGACACGAUGAUGCACCACCAGCUGAAGAAAUUGGGGCAGCAGAAAGACAACACCAAAAUCAUCGAGGUGGAGUUAGGUGCGGAGGAGCUCUCCGGGAAGCGGAUGUUCGAUUUCAGACAGACCAUUUGCCUGAACUCGGAUCAAAAGUACAUCAAAAACGAGAACAUCAACAAGCUGUUCAUACCCCAGGACGAAUCAACAAAACUCGUCUCCGACGCCGACGCGCAGCUGCUAAUAAAGAUUUUCUUCCAGGAGAAGGUGAAUUUGACGCAACUCCAUUUCCGGGUGGACGAAAAGCCGGAGGAUGUUGACGGCGAGGAGACAUCUUGUGAGCCGCCCGCAAAAAUCCGGAUUUUCACCAACCAGCCGGACUUGGACUUCUCCGACAUAGAGGACUACAAGGCGGUUUUGCAGCACGACUUCACCAGCGAAAUUACGGGGUCGAAGGAGAAAAAUGAGGGGACUUGCCGGGACGUUUUGAAGCUGCAGUUAGCCGGACCGAAGUUCCAGCGGUGCUCCUCGUUGCAAAUCUUCGUCGAGGAAGCGUUCGAAGAAGCGGAGCUGUCGUUUUUGAACUACCUGGGCGUGCACGGAAUUCUCGCGCCGGACUACCACACCAGCUACAACUGAGCAGAAAGAUGGUUUGUAUAGCGGGAACGGAAUUUCAUGGAUGAAGAUCAUACACGUAGGAGGUGGAAGAGGAAUAUCGAAACAAGAACCAACCAACUCAUCAGCCUAUUUCACAAUCAUAAGGACAAGUCAGCACUCAACUCUAAGAAAUAGAACGGUGGGGAUUAUGACUUCAUGGGAACUUGUUCAACGCCGACGAUAACGAUAUGACCAAGCAAGACAAGGACUACAGAACAGCACCUGCAGAGGCGGUUAUGAAGAAUUUUCUCCUGAGUGGUUGCAGAAGGUUUUUGCGAAGAUAGAUUGAAAGACGCCGCUCUUUUCGAGGGUCUUCAGUGUCGGCCAAAUAGGCACCUUUGUGUUUGGACAAAGAAAAGAUAUUUAGCUUCUUGUCCUGUUGAGUUCAGGGCUACUUACCGCGUCGAAUGAUAGGAAACGCUACUGAGAAUGACAUGGCGCACGAAUAUUAUUGCUCCUGUCUGAUGAAAUUGAAAAUGAAGCAACGUCGAGGGUUAAUGAAGAAAACAAACGGCACGCCGGACGCUGU